UUGACGUAAUUUUCUUUCCGGAAUGAACGAAAGAGCUCUGAUUGGUUGGUGGAGCUAAUGUUUGGUGACCGGGUGGAAACUCAGUGCCGGGCACCUCACAGUUCCGCGGAGUUCCGGGCCACGCCCACAUUACCCUUUCGUUAUAGAAAAGUUUUAACACAAAAAACGUAGAGAAAAAAGUGUAAUGAACUGCCAUGUACCCAUCACCCCGCUUCAACAAUUAUCAACAUUUUGCCGUUCUUGUUUCAUUUUCCCUUUUUUUUGUUGGAGUAUUUUAAAGCAAAUCAUCAUAAAGUUUUAGCUUUAAAUACUUCAGUCUAAACUCCUAACAAAUACACCCAACGAGAUUAACCAUAAUUCCUUAAUAGCGUCUCAUUGCUAGUCCAUAAUCAAAUUUCCCCUAAAUAAUGCCUUUUUACAGUCGGUGUGUUUCAAAUGAGAUUCAAACAGGCUCACAUAUUGCAUUCGGUUGGCGAUGCCCUUAGUUUCUUAACGCCGACUUUCCCUCCCCCACCCCCUCCUUUUUUUGCCUGCUUCUCUCCAGAUUCGCCCCUAACUCUCAAGCGCGGAUUCCUGAGCCGCAGGCAGCGCUCCCGCUUCCUCGCCGGGAGCUCUGGGCGGUGCUUUUCUCUGGGCCCGCCCCCUUCCGCCUCUGAGCCAAUCCGGACAGGUCUGCGAGUGGCAUGGCUGCCCCCAGGUCCUCCGACUGUGGGCGCCCAGCUAAUGCUGUGAGGUAUUUCUGGUGGUCUCCCAGUAUCCACGCCGGACAAUAAGUUUUUUAGGUCCGCAGUCCUGGUGUCUUGUCGGGCCGCAGGGCUCGGGCUCUGAGGAGAAUGGAUCCUUCUUUGGAUAUGUGGGACUUCUCAUCUUUAAUAUCGUUAUGGAUAAACAGGUUUUACAUAUAUUUGGGCUUUGCCUUUGGCUUUAGCCUUUGGAUUUGUUUCCAGAUUGUCAUCAGAAAGCAGAACAAAAACUCACAGGAGAAAACCCUUCCGAAAGCAUCUCAGGAUUUGAUGACAAAUGGCUAUAUCUCUCUUCAAAAGAAGGAAGUCUUUGUGUCUGGAGUGAAGAUUUUCUAUGGUUCUCAGACUGGCACAGCAAAGGGAUUUGCGACAGUUCUUGCCGAAGCAGUUAGCUCCCUUGGUCUGCCUGUGGCACUUAUUAAUCUGAAGGAAUAUGACCCAGAUGACCAUCUAGUAGAAGAGGUUACCAGUAAAAAUGUCUCUGCCUUCCUGGUUGCUACCUACACUGACGGUCGGCCGACUGAGAGCGCAGAGUGGUUCUGCAGGUGGCUAGAGGAAGCAGCCAAUGACUUUCGAUUUGGCAAAACGUACCUGAAGGGUGUGAGAUACGCAGUGUUUGGCCUGGGAAAUUCUGCAUACGUGAGCCACUUCAACAAGGUGGGGAAGGACGUGGACAAGUGGCUCUGGAUGCUCGGCGCCCAUCGCGUGAUGUCCCGAGGGGAGGGUGACUGCAACGUGGUUAAAAGCAAACACGGCAGCAUUGAGGCCGACUUCACAGCGUGGAAGGCUAGGUUCAUCUCCCGGCUACAGGCGCUCUGUAAAGGAGAGAGAAAACCCUGUGGUGGCAACUGCAAGAAAGGCAAGUGCGAGUCUAAUCAGCACGGCUCAGAGGCAAUGGAGCCAGGGUCUCACGCUCAAGAGGGAUUCCAUCAGAGAGACGCUGAGCAGGAAGAGCCCUUUGGGAGCACCAGUGAGGAAGAGUCUGGUACUGAGGACCAUCAGAGUCUAAAAUCUGUCAUUGAUGUUGAAGACCUCGGCAAGAUUAUGGAUCGUAUGAAGAAAGAAAAGAGAGAAAAGGAGCGGCAGGAAGGGGAAACUAGUUUGAUCAGGAGCACAGUGAAGAAUGAAGCCAGUGAAAGAAGAGCUAUGAUAACUCCUGCUCUCCGAGAAGCCCUUACUAAACAAGGUUAUCAGUUGAUUGGGAGCCACUCUGGGGUGAAGCUUUGCAGGUGGACAAAGUCUAUGCUCCGAGGGAGAGGAGGUUGCUAUAAACAUACGUUCUAUGGCAUUGAAAGCCAUCGUUGCAUGGAAACUACCCCGAGCUUGGCGUGUGCAAAUAAAUGUGUCUUCUGUUGGCGGCACCACACCAAUCCAGUGGGUACUGAAUGGCGGUGGAAGAUGGACCAGCCUGAAAUGAUCUUAAAGGAAGCCAUUGAAAACCAUCAGAACGUGAUGAAGCAGUUUAGAGGAGUGCCAGGUGUCAGAGAGGAACGCUUUGAGGAAGGAAUGACAGUAAAGCACUGUGCAUUAUCCCUUGUGGGAGAACCCAUCAUGUACCCAGAAAUCAACAGGUUUUUGAAGCUACUCCACGAGCGAAAAAUCUCCAGUUUCCUGGUCACAAAUGCACAGUUCCCUGCGGAAAUCAGGAACCUCAAACCAGUUACCCAGCUAUACGUCAGUGUGGACGCCAGCACCAAAGAGAGCCUGAAGAAAAUUGACCGCCCGCUCUUCAAGGAUUUCUGGCAAAGAUUCCUCGACAGUUUAAAAGCCUUGGCUGCAAAGCAACAACGUACUGUCUAUAGGCUGACUCUGGUGAAAGCAUGGAACGUGGAUGAACUCCAGGCCUAUGCCAAGCUGGUGUCCCUGGGGAACCCUGACUUCAUCGAGGUGAAGGGUGUUACCUACUGUGGAGAGAGUUCGGCAAGCAGUCUUACCAUGGCCAACGUGCCCUGGCACGAAGAAGUGGUGCGCUUUGUCUGUGAGUUGGUGGAUCUGAUCCCCGACUAUGAAAUUGCUUGUGAACACGAACAUUCCAACUGCCUCCUGAUAGCUCACAAGAAGUUUAAGAUUGGCAGAGAAUGGUGGACGUGGAUUGAUUACAGCCGCUUCCAGGAGCUCAUCCAGGAAUAUGAAGACAGUGGUGGAUCCAGAACUUUCAGUGCCAAGGAUUACAUGGCCAGAACUCCUCACUGGGCGUUAUUUGGUGCCAGCGAAAGAGGCUUUGAUCCCAAGGACACAAGAUAUCAGAGAAAGAACAAAUCAAAGGAUAUAUCUGGAUGUUGAGAUUAUCUGAAUUUAGGAUACCGAAGGACACAAACUGAUUGCCCAGAAGGUUCUCAGACUCCACUGUGAUUUUUCCAAGGACAAAUUACACAAAUUAUAUUUCACAUAGAGAAGGGUGUAAGGGGACGCAAGUCACAUCCUUAGGCUCAGGAGACAGCAGCCACGCUUUGAGUGCCUGGGACUCAGCCUCACUGUCUCUUUCCAGAACUCAGUCCCUUUUCUGAGUUUACUUCUGAAAGAAAAUCAUUUUGAGGGGGAAGUACACAACCUUUAUUAGUUUUGAAUUAUAAUUAGGAAGACUGCCUAGAAUGCCAACCAUGGGAGUGUCGUGCAGAGUGAAUUUCUGUUCCUUUUCCCCUGUCGUGGGCUGUUGGCCUUUCUCAGUUGUACUACCCUGAGGUCAGUGUAUCUGCUUCCUCUAAGAUCUUCAUCCCUUUCUUACAUCUUAAGAUAACACUUCCUGAAAGUAAUUUGUCAUAAUUCUCAGUUUUUUUAUUUUUUCUCAAUUAUUUUAAAUACUACAUAGAUUUCUUUAAAUAUUCAUUUAGUACCAACUCUUUAGAAACUGAUUUGGAUCUAAAACUGUACUAGAUCUCAUUCCAUUCCCAUGCAGAUUGCCGUAGAAAGUAGUAUGUGAGCUGGAUUAGAGCAAAAUCUCUCUUCUGUAAGAGGAACUGUCAUAUGAUGUCACUGAAUAAUUAGUCUCACAAAUUAGUCUCACAAAUUAGUGAAACAAUGCGUACAAUUUGGUUUUGGUUUGAAAAGUAAGUGUUUAAGCCUCUCAUCACUACACAUAUAGCAGGUUUCCAUCUUCUUUCACUCUUGUAGCCCUAGCUACUUUCUGCAAUCUGUUCUUUAAGUUUCAAGUUCUUUCCUAGUUGAAAACAUCACUAAAUACUCAAUAGUUUUUAAGAAGUAUUAUAGUUAUUUAAAAAAUGCCUUUAUCCUAAAAUUUUAGUAAAAUAUCUUUUGUGAAGACUUGGACCACACAUUUUCUUUUGAGCGCUUAUUUUAAAGAUGCUUCUAGUCCCGUGGUUCUAAGCCCUGUCAGACCCAUCUCCUCCUUAUAUUCCUCCUCUAUUCUCUGCUGAAGUAAAGUUCAUAAUAAUAUAAUCUACUUACUCAUUUAGUUGAAAACUGGGCACUGUAUUUAUUUCUAAGUGAUAGAGUCUCUCUGUGCCAUAGGAUGAAAUCAGAUGUUCUUGAAGUCACCACAUCUUCAAGCAUGCGUUCAGUCUCCUGUUGACCCCUGAGACAGACAAGAGAUGGGAGUGGUCCAGGCCAGUGAGGCAGGAGCUCACUGAAGCUCAGAUGUGUUAAUGGUCGUUGAGUAGAGAUGGAAAAUCUCUAUUCAAACCUUAAAUGAGAGCAGAGUAUUAAAAAGCAAGAGCUCAUGCUAAGGAGCGCACAGAUGGGCUCCUGUUUGUGACAGCUAACUGGGCACACAGCUGUAGGAAGACCCCUCUGGGGCUGCCGUAAGGAGCAGGGCAGGCGGCAGUGCAUGCUGGGCUUUGGACCGUCCCUCAACCUCUUUUUCAACCGGGCACCGCUGCCUUUAUUUUUUUAUGCAUUGAGGUUCUGCUCAAGAUUUAAUUUGAACGAAGAUAUUCUGUUGCUUCAAAGAAAAAAAAACAAAAGCAAACCUCUCACCACCAGAAUGAGCCCUCCUGACUCCAUUACCUUUAGGUACAUAAAUGAGCAGUUUUUCCUCCCUCUGCCACCCAGGAAGUGUUUGCUUUAUAUUAAAAAAAAAUAACAUGGUAUAUUAAUCCCAGUUCACAGUCACAGCAGAAAAUUUUAAAUGCCUAGGGGAAAAAAAUACAGUGGAAUCUGGAUGAAAAAAAUUAAAUGUUUGCUGAGCAGUAUUAAAGUAGAAGAGAUGGGGAAGCUUGAAUAUUCUUAGAAGGUGAGCUAUUUGAAAAAUAGCAUUCUAGAUGUCCAGUGGAAGUUAUUGUUGGAGUUUGAGCAAGCGAUUCUAAAAUUCUGCCGAAAAGCUAGCCAGGUAAGAAUAGUUACAAGAUUCUAGAAAAAUAAUUAUUCAAGGAAAAUUGCUUUACAAGAUAUUAAAGAAUGUUGUCUAAAAUAAUUCAAACAACAUGAAACGAGAUCAGCUUCCAAAAUGACAGAGUGAGAACCUCAGUGAACUCACUCUCCCUCUAAAACAGUGAAAAUAUGGGCAAAACAACUAAAAUCAAAGAAUUUUAGAACUCCGACAGUUUAACCAAAGCUUUGCCGUGAGCUGAAAAUCAUCUGUUAAGAGAAACUACUGAACCUUAAUAAAAUUAACAGUUUACUUCUCAUCAGAAAGCAUGGAGGCCAAAAGGCAGUGGAAUGGUAUCUUAAAAGAGCUGGAAGAAGAGACUUUCAACCAAAAGUUCUAUGCCUAGCUUAAUCUUCCUUCAAAAUUAAAGAAGAAAUUAAGACAUUUUCAGAUAAGCAAGAAGUAAAGAAUUCAUCACCAGCAGACCUGCCUACGAGGAGGAGUCCUCAGGGCUUAAUGAAAGUACGUUAGGCUUGAAACCACGUGAAGAAAUAAACAGCACUGGUGGAAGUAACUACGUAAGUUUUAUAGAAGACAAUAUAAAUGUACUUUUGUUUGUAACUCUCCUAUCUGUUUUAUAAGAUAGCUGCGUAAAGCAAUAUUUAUAAAUCUGUAUUGAUGGACUUAGAAUGUAUAAAGAUGUAAUUUGUAUGACAGUAAUAACAUGAAAGAAGUGUGAGGGGAACAGAGGUAUAUUGGAGCAAGUCUUGACUACCCACUGUUGAAAUUAAGUGGGUAUGUUUCCAAAGCAGAUUUUUUAAAGAUGCUAAUUGUAAUCCCAAGAGCAGCCACUAAGAAUAAAUUUUAAAAGUUAUAGUAAAAAAAAUACGAUUCUGCUCACAGUUUCAAUGUGUGGAUUUUCCACCCCCCCACCAAACAGUUCUCCAACACCAGCUGGGUGUCCUGCAGUUUAGCUUAAUUCUGACACUGUCUACCUGGAGAUAGCAUCAGAUCCCACAGGUUAAGUGCUCUGCCCCCCAACUUCAGAUGCCAGUCACAAGUCCAGGUUGUCACCUGUGCUUCUGACCAACCAGCUAUAGAUUGGAGGUUCCCAUGGGUUUGAUAAAUGUGCUAGAGCGGCUGACAGAACUCAGAGAAACAUUUUACUUACUAGAUUAUUGGUUUAUUAUAGAAGGGUAUAUAUAACUCAGGAACAGCCAGAUGGAAGAGAUACACAGGGCAACGUACGUGGGAAGGAAGAUAGGGCCUCCAUGCCUUUUGCAAGCACGCCACUCUCCCAGAUCAUGUGUUCACCAAUCUGGAAGCUCUCCAAACCCAGUCCUUUUGGUUUUUUUUGUUUUUUACAUCUUUAUUGGAGUAUAAUUGCUUUACACUGGUGUGUCAGUUUCUGCUUUCUUUUGGGUUUUUAUAGAGACUUCAUUACAUAGGCACGAUUGAUUAAAUCAUUGGCCAUUGGUGAUUGACCUUAAUCUCCAGCCCCUCUCCCCUCUCCAGAGGUCCAGGGGUGGUUCUGAAAGUUCCCAACCCUCUAAUCACUUGGUUGGUGGCCCUGGCAACAAACCCCCUUCCUUAGGUUACCUAAGGGCUUUCCAAAAGUCGCCUCAUUAACAUAACAAAAGACACACAUUGUUGUUGUUGUUAUUGUUGUCAUCGCUUAGGAAAUUCCAAGGGUUUUAGGAACUCUGUGCCUGGAACUGGGAGAGAAUAAGUAUAUUUAAUAAUUUAAUAUUUAUAUUUAAAUAAUGUAUAUUAUAAAUCACAAAGAAAUGAGAAUUUAAAAGGUACACUAGAAAAUAUCUAUUUAGAAGACAGUAACAGUAACAAAACAACAAAGAUCUAAGACAUUCAAAAAACAAAUAGCAAAAAUGUCAGGAACAAAUCUUGCCUUAUUGGGUUAGUAUAUUAUGUAAGUAGAUUAAAUACCCCAAUCAAAAGAGGCAGAAUGUAUUUUUCUUUUAAAUCCAAUUAUAUGCUGUUCGCAAUAGACACACUUUACAUUCAAAGACUAAAAGGAUCGAGAAAGGUAUAUACCAUGGAAGCAGUUACCAAAAGAGAGCUAGAGUGGUUUUACUAAUAUCAAAAAAAUAGACUUUAAGACAAAAAAAAAAUUGUUAGUGGGGACAAAAGGGACAUUUUAUAAUGAUAAAUUGUAAUUAUUUUAAUUAUUUAUAAUUACACCUUACUAGAAAGAUGUAAUGAUUUUAAACAUGCAUGGACCUAACUAACAACAGAGCCCCAAAAUAUGUGAAGUGAAACCUGACAGAGUUGAAGGGAGAUGAUUCAGUAGUAAUUGGAGACUUACAUAACCCACUUACAAUAAUGGAUAGAGCAACUAGGCCAAAGCCCAAAAAGGAAAUAAGAGAUUUGAGCAACACUAUAAACCAAGUACACCUGAAGGCCUCCAUAGGACGCUCCACCAGCAACACAUUAUUCUCGAGUACCAUGGAACAUUCUCCAGUAUAGACCAUAUGUAAGAUCAUAAAACAAGUCUCAGUAAGUUUAAAAGGAUUGAAAUUAUGCAAAGUAUAGUCUCUGACCAAUGGAAUGAAAUUAGAGAUCAUUAGAAAUCAACAGCAGAAGAAAAUUUGGGAAAUUCAUAAAUAUGUAGCAAUUAACCAACAUCCUAAACAAACAAUGGGUCAAAGAGGGAAUCACAGGGAAAUUAGGAAAGACUUUUGAGAUGAAUGAAAAUGAAAAUACAACAUACCAAAACUUAUGGGAUGCUGCUUAAUAUAGUGCUUAGAGGGAAUUUUUUUUUUUUUCUUCGAUAACGCGGGCCCUCACUGUUGUGGCCUCUCCCUUUGCGGAGCACAGGCUCCGGACGCGCAGGCUCAGCGGCCAUGGCUCACAGGCCCAGCCGUUCCGCGGCAUGUGGGAUCUUCCCAGACCGGGACAUGAACCCGUGUCCCCUGCAUCGGCAGGCGGACUCUCAACCACUGCGCCACCAAGGAAGCCCUGCUUAGAGGGAAUUUAUAACUGUAAAUGCCUACAUUAAAAAGAAGAUACAUCUCAAAUUAAUAACCUUCCAUCUUAAGGAACUAGAAAAAGAACAACUAAACUCAAAGUGAGCUAAAGGAAAAAAAUAAUAAACACUAGGGGCAGAAAUAAAUAAAAGAAAGGAAAGAAAAGCAAAAGAAAAAAUUAGUGAAACCGGAAGUUGGUUCUUUAAAAAAAAUCAACAAAAUUGGCAGACCUUUAGCUAGACUCACCAAGAAAACAGGAAGAUGCAAAUAGCUAAAAUCAGCUAUGAAUGCACAACUUUCUGAAUAUACUAAAAACUAUACUAUACACUUUAAAUGAGUGGAUUUUAAGGUAUAUGAAAUAUAUCUCAAUAAAGCUUUUUUUAAAAAAGCACAGAGGCAAACCUUAAUAUUUAUGAAAAGCAGUAUAGGAUAUAAGAUAAGGAAUAUAGGAUAAAUCAAUGGAGAUUUGGAAGAAAAAUUAUGUAGUUUUGGUCUUUAUACUAAAUAGCAAAAAGAGUCAAAUGAAACAAAAAGCUCAGAAGAAACCUUGGGUGACGAAGGCCUUUCUGGACCAAUGGCUUUCCAACUUACUCAUGCAUCAGAGUCACUCGGAGGGCUUGUUAAAACAUAUUUGUGGACCCCACUCCAGAGUUUCUGAUAUAGUAGGUGUGCAAUGCAGAAGAAUUUGCUUUUCUAACAGGUUUCUGGGUUAUGCAAAUGCUGCUAAGAGACCACACUUUCAGAAUCCCUUGUAGAUAUAAAAACAAUGUAAGAGAUCUAAGGACAGGGGAAGAAGAACACUGCAGGUAGAGGACUGAGCAUGCUCAAAGGCCACGUGGGGAAGGGUUGUGGCACAUUUGAGUAGCUGUAGGAAGGCCUCAGUGGCUGGAGAAUGCUGCAGAAGAUGUAGGAGAAGACCAGGCCACGCAGGGGAACCAGGAGAACAUAACAGUGAUGACUCAGGGAGAUACAGGCCAGUCUAAGCCCUAAGAGCAAUUAUGCAAAGGAACAGCAUGAUUAGAUGUGCAUCUUAAGAAGAUCACUGUAGCUUUGGGUUAGAUAAUGGCCUGGAAAGACCAAAAGGGAAGGGGAUGAGUUGGUAGGUGUUCUUGUAGAACAGGCCAGAAGUGAUGGCCCGGGUGGUAGCAUUUGUGCAGUGCACGCCCCUGCAUGCUGACCCUGGUGGUUGGAAUGGAGGGCAGUGGGUAGAUUUGAAAGAGACCUUAGGAGGAAACACUGGUGGAUCUGGCCACAAUUUGGCUAGAUGGGGGUGGGGGAGUGUGGAGUGUGGGCAGGCAGGAGGGAUGAGUCGUCAAGGAUGACUCCUGGGUUUCUGGCUUGAGAACAGGAGAGGAGAUGGUGGUGCUCUGUAGGCUGAGACUGGAAGAGGGCCAGGCCUGUGGGAGAUCCUGAGUUCAUUUGUGGACAGGUAGGCUUGGAACUGCCCAAAAUUUCCAAGGGGAAGGUCAAGCCAGCGGUCAGGCAUACAGGUCUGGGGUGGAAGAAAUGUGUGAAUCAUCAUGGUGUAGGUUAUACUUGGAGCCUCAAGGAGGGCAGAGGUCAUCUUCGGAGAGAGUAUAAAAUGAGGAGGAGGGGCCAUGUCUCCAGGAACUCUAGCAGGUAGGGGUGGGACAGGGAAAGAAGUCCCCUGACAUCUUCAACAGGGGAGACAUUAGAGUAACCAGGCCUGUGGAGUCACAGAAACCUGGGGGAGUUGGGGGGCGGGGACAGAUCAAGAAAAGACUGGAGAACAGUUCCAGAGGCCAGUGAGAAGUGAGCCAAAGAGGAUGACAGCAAAACGUCCCUUGCAUAGGGGUCCUCAUCAAUACUUGUAGUGCAGUGCUCGCACCAGUGAAAGUUUUUAAUGACAGAAGAUGUUUAUGAUAUAACGCUAAGUUUAAAAUACAGAAUACAAAAUCGUAGUUAUCACCUUACUUAUAUAAAAAUCCUAUGUAUGAAGCAACAUAUAAAUGGAUAUGUAUUAUCUUAAUUAGCACAAUAAAAGGUAUGAGGGAAUGUGUUUUCUACCUUGUAGAGUCAGACUCUAAGCUUUUUCCUUAAAUAAGAUCCUGAAGUUGGAAUUCAGCCUAUAGUUGGAGUUAAAUAUAUUCAAAACUGCAUAUUUUGUCAGCUGAAAGAUUCGUCUUUUUUUGUUUUUCUUUGUGUGCUGGGUUGCUUUUCUCACUUUUUAUUUAAAUACAAAUUGAUGAACCCCUCCCCGGGCACCGUUGAUUUAAUCUAAGUCGGCAGUGACUAAUCUUGUUGGCUCUUAGCCUGCUUGGUGUUUUUGUCCUUUACUGAUUUCCUUUCAUUCAUUAUGAAUAAAGUACGCUACUCUCAUGA